CUCUUUAAAAAAAAUCAUGGUGUAAAAAACUCGGGUCUCUUUCUAGAAUUCCGACCUGAAGAUCACGGACAUCAUUAUUUGACCUCGUAUUUUCCCCAGUUGUUUUGAACGCGGCAUCAGUAUGUUCAGAAACUCUAUGCCGCUACUUUCACUUUCUUCCUGUGAGCUGAAGGUGAAGGUGCAUCACCUUGACGAACACGAAUUAUUCUAGUUAUGCUAUAUAGCGAACUAGCUAUUAUAUUCUGCCCAGUUUUGACAGACACAAGGUAUUUCCCUAGAUGACAAACGGCUUAAAACAAAAAUGGCGGCAGAAGAACCUGAUGUUACUCAGCUAGAGGGAGAAGUCCAGGAGCUUGAAGAUGUAACAGAUGCCAAACCUGACCGAAAGGGAAGAUUCCUCCUCUUUGGAUUUAAGAAGAAUAAGGAUGGCAAGACGCGGGAGCAGGACUACUCUUCUGAAAGCCAUUACAGAAUCGUUUCACCAACAUUCCAGUAUAAGAUGAGCCACCAGCGAGUGGGCAAGUGCAUCAUAAUCAACAACAAGAACUUUGACGAAAAGACUGGGAUGAAUGUACGCAAUGGCACGGAUCGAGACGCAGGCGAACUGUUUAAGUGCUUUAAGAGCCUGGGCUUCGACGUCUGCAUCUACAACGACCAGACGUGUGAGAAGAUGGAGCGUCUUCUCCGAGAGGCCUCAGAGGAGGACCACAGCGACAGCUCCUGCUUUGCUUGCAUCCUGCUGAGUCACGGUGAGGAGGGUAUGAUCUAUGGCACUGACGGAGCCAUGCCCAUCAAGAGCAUGACCUCACUCUUCAGGGGUGACAUGUGCAAGAGUCUAGUGGGCAAGCCCAAACUCUUCUUCAUCCAGGCUUGUCGAGGUUCUGAGUUCGAUGAUGGCAUACAGACUGAUUCCGGGCCCCCCAAUGAUACCCUGGAAACGGAUGCAAAUCCCAGGCACAAGAUUCCUGUCGAGGCAGAUUUCCUUUUUGCCUACUCCACCGUGCCAGGGUACUAUUCGUGGAGGAACCCUGGGCGCGGCUCCUGGUUUGUCCAGGCACUCUGCAACGUCCUCAAUGAGUUUGGUAAGCAGCUGGAGAUCAUGCAGAUCCUCACACGUGUCAACUACAUGGUAGCCACCAGCUUCGAGUCCUGGUCCGAGGACCCACGUUUCAGCGAGAAGAAGCAGAUCCCCUGCGUGGUCUCCAUGCUGACCAAGGAGCUGUAUUUUAACUGACCGUCAUUGACCACAGACUGACAAGACUAACUAAACCACGCACUAACCGAGCGGUCUCAAAAUUCAGGGUUGAUCCAGGUCCAGCAGGAUGCUGCGCGGUUUGGGAGAGAAUGCCGUUUUGCACGUGUAGCGUAGCUGGGCACAAAACAAGCUCUCCAAAUAAAUUUCUACAGUGGCACGCUGCGUUCAUGUGUUGGUGGUGAUACUUGCCUCUUCAGGUUAUUCCUAGGAAUAAUGAUGUCACAUUUGAUCUGGUUUUUGUCAACAGGCUGUGUGAAAUAUCCAUGUUAUUUUACUGACCCGGGAAAUUUGCUGCCAGUUUUGUAGGGUUGUUAAAAGGUUAGAGAUCAGUUAUAUCUGAAAUCUGUAAUAUCUGAAAAUGUUCUUGUUCAUUUUCCAGCUUGUCCAAAUUUGGACAUGCGUACAAGCAUUUGAUUGAUUGGCCAAGAUCCCAGCUAACGUUAUUUAUGCCUCAGGGCAUUUAUUUUUGUUUUGGAGGGAAGGGGGCAUUUCUUGACAUGAAGUAGAUUUCUAGAGACAUUGGCCAUGUCCGAAAACUGGCUUGCCUACUACUCAAGCUGCAUACUGUGGUACUGAUAGUACUACAUACUAUUUAGAAUGCACUGUUCAGUAAAAAUAAAUGCAUUAAGCUACACAUAUCAGCAUACUAGGUUCAUCCUACUAAGAAUGCCUAAUCUAAUGAGCAAUUGCGUUGAAGUCCUGCUAUUAUCAGCUGUUGUCAGACACGUGAGUCUCGAAAGACUGUUCUCUUACUAAGGUGUGUGCAGCAAAUUCUGCUAGAUGAAAAGCUGAAAUAAGUAUGACAUCUUGGCAUUUUAAAGCGUACUAAAGUUCACAUAAUAUAAAACUAAACUUUUUUGCAUACUCAACAUGCCUUCUAUUUAGAAUGCAAGUAUGGGUAAUUGGAGACUGCCACUGUGUUUAUGAAACACCGUACCUGAACGUUCUACAAGUGUUUGGGGAUUAUUUGCUGACGUUAUACAACCACACGGAAACCAGAUCUAACAUUCCCUGUAAGGAUCCUAGUUGGUUGGGAGAGCCACGUCUCAUUAAGUGUGUAAGGACAUCAGACUAUUAGAGGGGACUUGCUUAUCGCAGCAGCAUAAUAGUUGUCUAAGAAUGUAGGCUACACGGGUCAGUUUAAAAGCACCUUACCUUAUGAAAGAUCACGGCGAUAUGCUGAAUUUCAACUGAAUCAGGAGGGUAGCGGUUGGAAAAUGUACAAUUUAGAUUUUUGGUUAUUUGUCUUAAUGUUUUUAUAAUAUCAUUAAUCCUAUAAAGGGAUUAGGUCUCACUCAAAGAGCAAUCACUUGUCAUAUAUGUAACAGAGGUAACAAAGUCAAGUACGAAUAAUUUAACUAUUCAUACCAAUAAUGCACUCUCAGCAGUGACUGUUAAAGAUUACAUUUUACUGUCAUCCUCAGGUUUCUUUGUGUGAGAUUUAUUUUUUGUGGAUUUUGAGUUUCACUGGCACAAUUGUCAGGAAAGAGUGCUAAUCUGUUGCAUUAAAAAAAGCGUUGUGUUUUUUGGUCAAGGGCACAGGAACUGUUCCAUCAUACCACAAGCAAGGAGGAUUUGAGAUUUUGCCAGUUUAUAUGUACACACAUGAAUUCAUUAGGUUGAAGAUGAAGCUUGUCAGUAAACUUUAUCCAUUGGAGUCAAUGUAUUUACAACGAGUAUACAAAACAUUAAGAACACCUGCUCUUCCCACGCCAUAGACUGACCAGAUGAAAGCUAUGAUCUCUUACUGAUUAGUUAAAUCCACUUCAAUCAGUAUAUAUGAAGGGGAGGAGACUGGCUAAAGAAGAAUUUGUAAGCCUUGAGACAUAGAUUGUGCAUGUGUUCCAUUGAGAGGGUGAAUGGGCAAGACAAAAGAUUUAAGCACCUUUAAACGGGAUAUGGUAUUAGGUGCCUUUGCACCGGUUUGUGUGAAGAACUGCAACGCUUCUGUUUUUUUUUACAAGAAUGGUCCACCACGCAAAGGACAUCCAGCCAACUUGACACAACUGUGGGAAGCAUUGGAGUCAACAUGGGCCAGUAUCCCUGUGGAACG